AUGAGAUGUCGUGCCAAAAGACGCCGAAGCGCCGGAGGGGCAACCGAAAUUCAUUCACGUGGAUACGAUAUGAGAUACGUGAGCGAUGAAAAGAUGCACGCCAUCAUGACGGCUGUGAAUUUGUUAGGGCAGCGCCUUGCUUUUCAAUUCGCCCCGCUUCGUCGCCAAUUCAGAGCGCCGAUAGAAUCACACCUUUGCCCGGAAUUCAUUAACACCCUCAAGGCAUAUAUUCUUCAAAUUCGGGAGAGAUACGUCGUCGAAAAGCUAGCGGACCGCGGCAAAUUCAUGUUGCGAAGGGACGGAAGUAGAUGGGACGUUUUUUUGAUUCUUCCUUGAAUUUUUCGAACAGCUAAAAAGUUUACUUUGGAGAAAUCGGUGAAUAUUGCUUCAUUUAAGCCAUGUAUGUGGAACAGGAAAGUUUGAAUAACCAGGUACAAAAUUAUUGGAGUUUCUAUGUUUUUUUUUGUAUUUUUUGUUGAGAGUAACUUCUUGGAACUGUUCUAUUUGUAGCGUUUAUAAUGAAAAACCUGUUUUUUUCUAAAGAUUUUUUUCGAACUUAAAAAAAAUAGCCGCAUCGACGGAAAAAAAUAAUAUUUUUUUGAAGCGUUUUUUUCUAUUUUCAAUAUCAGCAUGUUUUCUUGAGUUCGGAAAUAAAGAUAUUGAGAACCUGUUACUAUGAAAGGAUGAAGAAAAAAUGAUCCUGAAGGAUUUAUCCUACAUCGUUCAUAUAGGAGCACAUUCGAUCACAAUGAAAGAAUCACUUAACAUUUUUUUUCAUCAUUUCGGGCUUAUCAUUCUCUGAAUCAAUAUCAGUGCAAGUAAAUCUCAAAAAACUUGAUCAGUGCUUCUUCUACCAUUAUGCAGAAACUUGUGAAAUCAUCAAUUGCAAAGUUAAAGUAUAAUUCUUUCAAACAUGACGAUUAUCUUUAUCUGCCCGUAAAUUACAAGCUGAGAGUGUAAAUAGUUCUCGAGGUGGUGUGAAUAGGCGGAGAUCGCCGAUGCCAUCUACGGACAUCGAUGUCGAUUGCUGACACUCGUGGAUCGCCUCUCGGGAGGUCGUGGGAGCCUCUUAUUUCCACUUGGCGUCAUUAUCUUCGUGUCAUACGUUCUCAGAACACGUCUACAAAUCAGCUAUCUAUUAUCUCGAACAAAUAUAAGAAAAUCUGCAAAGUCUGAAUACUUCUUCCCAGAUCCUAAUGAAGUGAUAAUCUCGAAAAAAAAUUUUGAGAGUUUUUGAAUUUUCGACUCUGCUGUUCAUAAAAAGAGGAAUUUGAAUUUAUUCCAUUUGGCUGAAAGUUUUUUUCUCACAAGGGAAAAAACAUUUAAAGUUAUUGAAAAAUUUGGUUCAAUUUAUGAAAUUCGAAAUCCGUUUAUGAAACACAUAGUAACAAGUGAAAAGCGUGAAAAUAACUUUUUUUUUUUGCUAAACAAGAACAAACUGUUGCCAGCCAUGUCCUUCUAUGGACGCCGUGCCUGACAAUAGACCGAAUAAUGAGGAUCGGAUGACCCAAAUCUUAAAUAGGAAUCGGCGAUUUACAGCACGUGUUAAAAUCUUCAUGAGUUGCAUAAUCUCAAGAAAAAAAGGAAAUUUAAAAAAAUUUUUCAGUAUGCGAAAAAGUUUUAUUGAGAUUAAUGAAAAGCUCGGUUGAUACUUGUCUUACCAAGAACUGUCAAUGGCCCGAUAUUUUUAUCAAUUUUUUCAAUAGACUUCAUCUUCAAUAGCCUUGUCCAACUCUAACAAUUUUUUUUCAAGCCACGCUUGGAUCAUAAAAUAAGCCGGAUCAGAAGGAAAUCAAGCCUCAAAGCGGUUUCUUUAAGAGAGAAAAGUCUUCCCGCCACCUGUCCAUUACGAUUUGUGUGCUUAGCGGGAAUGUGUGAAUAAAGAUGUUCGCGACCCGAAAAGGCAUUCUCGAAUUGCCGUUUUUCACAUCCAAACAACACGGUCCCGGAGAACGUCCACGUCAACGCAGCUCGAGACGAAACAAGGCCUUUUCCGAGGUUUUUCGGAAUUUGUUCGAGAAUUAUUAUUUUUGUCACGUUGUGAUUACUUUGAUGGAUUUUUCUGGUAGGAAGGGCAUGAUGAAUUCUCAAGUUUCCUCUGAACUAUAAUAAAUUCCUUCAAGUUUUGCAAGGAGUCUUGAAAGUUGACAUUUUGAAAUUUUGAAAUACUAUUUUGGAAGUUUCGUGUUCGACUAGACUUUUUUGAAUUUUUUUCCAAGCUAAAUCGGCAAUAUUUGUUUUGAAAUAACUAUACAACUUGAAACUUUUUUUCGAUCAGUUUUCUAACAGCCAUUAAUUCUGAAGGGGUCACAGAUUUCAUAUCUACUCUUUGCCAAUGUUCAUAAUAUUUCUUUUCUGCUGCAAAAAAUGUCGCCAAGAAGAUUGAUUAGUUUUUUUAGACUUUUUUCGGAAACAGGGCAAAAAAAGAGAGGAACCGAAUAAAAUUUCUACGCGGUAAACUCUCCGGUUCCAUUUUUCAAACUCAAAAUAAGUUAACUUGAUCAGAGGUUAACGAAUUAGUUGAAGAGGUGAAACCGGAAAAGUAUUCAUUUUUUUGUGUUAAUUGAAUUAAUUAUUAACUUCUCACCUUUUUUUAAUAUUAUUUUUCGUUUCGAUAUACAUUUUCUUGUGUAAACUAAACUUGACCCUACUCAUUUUUUUGCUGUAAAAAUAAAAAGAAAGUUAGUCUGUUUGUACUGUACCGUCGCAUCGCACGGAAAAUCGCUGUUUUUCAAUGUUUACGGCCAGGUAUUUACGUUGCCUACUUUCUCCGAUCGAAAGGCCGUCUUGUUGCGCGGAAUUCGGUCAUCGUGAACCUACCACCUGGGGACAGCCGUCCAAUAUCCCUUUUUGGAGGUUUUGCGCACCGUUCAAUGCCACUCCAGAGGCGAUCGAUGGCUGGUUGCCAGGCGCGCCACCUCUUCUUUUCUCCUUCCAUUACCUGUUCAAACGUCACCACUAGUUUUUACCUUCCCUUUUUGUUUUCUAUUCAGAUUUUGAGUCUCAAAUUUGGUGAUCUUUUUAUUUCAGUUUGAAGUCUUCAGAUACAAGUGGGAUCCUAGAAAAAAAAAUUAGCUGUUUUUCAAACUUAUUUUCUUUGUUUCAUCGUGACGAGAUGAAAAAUAAAUAAGGUAAGAGCUUAAAAAAAUAAAAAAAUAAUUUGAGAAAAAAAGAUGAGAUUAGAAUAGCUCCAAAAGUUUGAAAAACAAAGUCAUCCCUUUUUCAAUUAAUCAUUAAACUCAGCUCCAGAAAUAACUUUUUUUUCCCGAUUUUGGUGUUCGAAAAAAGCGAUUUUUGAUACAGUGACUGAGUCGAGUGGCCGUAAGUCGACUCCCAAAAAAAUUAUUCAAUUUUUUUGAGUUGAAAAUAUGUUUUUGAAUCACUGCAUUUUUUGUUUAAACGGUGGAAUCUGAGAAAUUGGAAUAAAUUUUUACGAGAUUUAUAUAUGAUAUUCUGAUGAAAAUAUAUGAAAAAAAAAAGAAAAAAUCAUUUAUCCUAUCAUUUUUUCGAGCCGUUCAGUUCUCAAGAGAGCUGUAGAUGUCGCAGAAAAGCUGGUCCAAAAGCCCAAUCAAGCAUGAACAGUCUCAGUGAAAUUGUUUCUCUCUUCUUCAAUUUUGAUUAAAUUUCCUACCAUAAAAGUCGAGUUUCCGUCUUGGUCGUCUCCUCACCUUGACCGGUUUUUGAUUUUCCUCACUCUUUCUUUUGCCUCAAAACGUCAACGACCAAACUUUUGCUACUACUAUAACUGAAGAGGAAAGGUAUAAUUAAAUUGUUUUUUUCUCAAUCACGCCAGUCUGUUUUGGCCGAAAUGUUGUUAUUUAGUUAUUUAGAGGACACUUACAGAGACUCACAUGCCUGUGCCGCUCAACUAUUGUACCGUCGUCAUCUCGAUAAUCGCCUUUCUGCUCAUCGUUUUGGCCAUUUCCACACCCGCCUGGCAGGUCACUAUUUUUUCUUAUUUUUUCAUUACGACCGCUGAGGAAACUGUUCUUACUUGGGCUUUUGGAUAAAUAAACACAUCAUUGUGACUUUUUAGAAGUUUUUUUAAGAAUUGUUUUUAGUUCAAAGUUCGUUGAUUGAAAAAGUUCUCAGAAUAGCCGAGUUCGAUCAGAAGUUAUAUAAUAAAAAUACUGAUGCCUGACAAUUCUAAUAAUUUUUCAAAAGUGAAAACCAUUUCUCAACGUUCAUUAAAACAAAAAGAUUAUUAUUUAAAACUAAAAGAUCCGGCCAAGCUUUUUCUUGACAAAAUUGGAUUUUGAAAUCGUUUUGAGAAGUUUUUUUUAAAAAGAACCUUUUCCCUGGAGGCAGCAUUAAUAAAAGAAUUUCAUCAAAUAACAAUAUUUAUGAAGUUCUACUCAUGAGAACUUCUUUUAUUUCCAGGUUGUGUAUGCUCGUGAACUCAGGCAAUGGAUACAAAGCGGGUUGUGGCUGGCCUGUCAAACGCGGUAAUCCUUCAUUUAUUUUCGUUUGAUGAGUUUCUUUUCUCAGACCAAACGGAAUGUACACUUGUACCUACACGUUUUCUCAAGAUGACUACAAUUUCUACACAAGUGCUGAAGUUGCAAACUUCAGAACUCCUGCUUUUUAUCGUGAGUGAAAAAUGUAUAUCUGAAAAAGGGGAAAAUCUAACUUUUAGCAUGGCAAAGGGUAUUAUUACACGUUUUGAUUGCUUCUCAGCUUUUUGGGCUACUUUCGAUGGUUGUUUUCUGUGUUUCUACCGCCUACCAUGGGAACCGGAAAUUUAUAAAUGGGUUGCAGCUCUGCUUCCUUGUAAUUUGCAGUGAGUUUCAUUAUUUUUCCCGAGUUUUUGAAAUCAACCAAUUGACCAGUUUCUUUUUUUAUUCUUUUUUCGCCGUGCUAUUAGAACGACGAUCUUGAAACUCCCAUAAUUUACUUGAGUUUUUCUGCUAGAAUUCCAAACUAAGCUCGAAUCCUCCUCUUAUCAAAAUAAUACCAUGUUCUGAACGAUCCCUGAGAAUCAUUUCAAAUGAUGAAAAAAAACCUAUUUUUAGCCAUUCUUUGCGUUGGUAGCAUGGUGGCGUUCGCGGUCCUCUCUUACAUGGUGGAAUAUCGCUUUUAUCACGUUUCUGUCAGCGGUAUCUACGAGGUUCCUAACAUUUUUCUCGGUUUUUUUUUCCAUUUUUCUUUGAUCAGAAACAUCGUGGAUACUCCUACUACAUUGCUCUAGUGGGAACAUUUUUCUACGUUGCCGCAACCGUCGUCGGAGUCGUCCACUUGGCGAGGACAUUGACCCAAGAUCGAUGGGUUGGCGGUAGCUCCGAACCAAUAAAUGCCUAUCGAGUGAGUUCAUCGUUCCGUGGUAUGUAAAAAAGACCAGCGAAAAUUCAAACGGCGACUUUUCCGAUUUUUUCAUAUCGCUAGGGAACUUUCCGACGGCCACCUUUCCGACGAAUCUUUUUACGAUUUUUUUUCUCGAUAAAUUAUUCGUUUUUAAAUCUUCCUAUAUAUACUAGGUAGUUGGUUCAUGAUUAAAACACAAAAAAAAUAGGGAAAAAUGUUUAUAGAUGUUUUAUAAACUGAAAAACAUAAGGGAAAAAUGUCGGAAAGGGAUUCGUGGCCGUCGGAAAGCUCCCUAGCGAUAUGAAAAAAUCGGAAAAGUCGCCGUUUAAAUUUUCGCUGGUGUUUUUUUCAUAACACCCAUCGUUCUACAUUUUUUAGCAAAAUGUUCCAUUCCAGGCGCCCUCAAGUCAUUUGAGCAGUUGGCCUCAAAGCACGAACGGUUCUGUAGAUUUCGAAUCGGAACACCGAUUUGCAAUGAGAUCUUUACCCGCGGCACCUCAAAAACAAAGAGUAACCAUGAUAAGAUAA